CUCUUCACCCCCUCUGCAUCUCUCCAUCGAUUUUUCUUCGAUCGGUUUUAACAGGAUUCGCCGCCGACGGCCGAAUUCAAUUCUUCAGAUUCCGGUUUGUUAGGGUUUUGAACUGCCGGCGACGGGUAAUCCCGAGUCGAUUUCGCGCAGGAAGUUAGGGUUUUGAAAUUCGAAUUUUGGAGGCGGUUUUUACAUUUAGUUAUUAUGCCGAGAAGUUCGAGGAGUAAAUCGCACAAGCAAAGCAAGCAUAGUUCGAAGGAGACGGCGGCUGCUGCGAGGGACUACUCGGGUUCAGACGAGGAUGUGAAAAUGAAAGAGAGAAGUAGUAAUGAUGGUAAGGAAGAUGGGGUUUCGGUUAGGAUUUCCAAGGAUUCUUCAGCUGCUGGAGAAAGACGGAAACAUGGUAAGGAUCUAUCUAGUAGUCAUGGGAAUGGGGAUGUAACUGAGGAGUAUACGACGUCGUCGAAGCGGCGGGAAGAGAAGAGUCAUGGUGGUAGUGAUAGGUGGAAUGGUGGGAGUAGUGAGGAGAAAGGUGUAGUUGUAAACAUAGAGAAUAAGGAGUUGUUGAAGUCAAAGGAUUUUUCGAAAGGUGUCGGUGAGUCAAAGAGCAAGAGUAGCAGGAGGCAUGAUGCUGAGAGUGCGAAUGCCGUGGUAACAGAGAAGGAUGAAAGUAAGAGCGGUAGUGGGAAUAGAGGCGAAAAGAGGAAAUCUGAGAAAGAAUCUGCGAGAAAAGAGAACAGUAAAGAAAAUAAGGAAUCGAAGGACAAGGAUCGUGGGUCUGAUCGGGGAAGGAAGGUUCACCCUGAUAAGCUCGAGCCUGAGGCAUCGUCGAAACAUGUUGAAAAUCAAACGAGCAAAAGAGGAAAAGAAAUUACUGGUAUGUAACUUUGUUAUUUUGGUAUGUUUGGGAACUAGUUCGUGCCAGGAAAGUUAUAAAGAUUGUGUUGCAUAAAUCUAUAAUCGGUAUGUGCGUAAUAAGGUUUAGUUGGGAACACUUUGUGGUUGGUUGUGCAUUGUACUACUUGUACAUUGCUUUUGCUGAACCCGAGUUGAGUUAUCAAGGUUGGUAUCCAUUUGUAUGUGAUGCAUGGUUUCUCAGUGCUCAAGCGAUUGGUCAUCUGUAAUUCUCUUUUCUGUAAAAUGAGGAAAAGAAGACAAUGCCAACCUUCUCCCAUACACCAUCCUUUUGUAAUUCUUGCACAUUGUGUGGGAUUUAUCAGCAUUGACAUUUCUACUACAGUCAUCUUUUGGAUGUUGUCAUUUGGUGCCCAACAGUAUUCUCUAUAAUACAUAGUGUAUCUUCAGCUUCUCAGUGGGACUUUCCAAUUACACAAGCUCAGUUUUCAGUGGGGCUUUCCAAUUGCACAAGACUUCUGGUUUUGGUUCCAAUUGCAUGAUUCUUGUCUCAAAUUCAUUUAUGCCGAGCUAUCCUAAUUCCUAUGGCUAGCAUUUUCAUCAACCUCUUCAUCCUUAUGUAUCAUAUAAAUUGAAAGCAUUGGAAGAAAAUGUCCUAGGUACUUGUUUGCGGAAAGCAUGGGAGUUGGAAUGCACACACGAAAGGGGAUGCAAGCAACGCACAUCGAAGUAACCUAUUGCCAUAGAACUGCGGAUAUAUUGAACCACAUUUUUGGUUUUCUCUAUCAACACCACUAGAGUUGCACUUCAUGUUCUCACGUUUGGUUCAGUUUGAUCCAAUGCUUUUUAGCUUUUAAGGGGUUAUAUCGUACAUCCAACUGCAUAGACACUGCCUAGUUUCAUCUGUCAUCUAGACAUCGUCAGACAAAAUCAUAUAUCAUGGUGUAUUGUGUUGUAUUUUCUUUGUGAGCUCAUUCAUGACUCAUUAGUAAGAAUAAUGACUUAACAUUACACAGUUGGCAUGCCCCUGUUAUAACAGAUUGACAGGGAAACAUUUGUUUUCCACCCCACUGCUUUCAUGUUCACAGCUAUAUCGUCAUGCAUAUCUUUGUUCCCAUUCAUGCCAUUUUUGGACGUACUUCUCAUUAUCUUACCACAUCAGUCUCCAUGGCACCUUAUUGUAUGCCUUCUCUAGAUCAAUGCAGAUGCUAAUAAUACCGUAAGAGGUUUAUUGUAGAUGGAUCAGUUUGAUGUAACCUUAAGGGUGUAUAGACGUACUCAAAAAAUUUCAAUCAAGCACCAUAAAAUUCUGUUCAAUGAGAAUUAUUUUCAUGAGAAAAGUUUUUGGGGACAUUAUUCAACCCGACUCUCGCACCGGAAAUGUCAAUAUCGUCCCUUGGGAACUGCAUACAUGAUUCUUAGAUAAGCUUUUAUUAUGGUGUGGUGGCUAUAUCUUGGCGAGGAUGUGCUUAUGAAUUACUUCUUUUUGCUUCUUAAAACCAUAUGGUCUUUUAGAAUGGGGCUGUAUCUAUAAGGGAGUGGUAUUUCAUAUGAUAUUAUAGUUUUGCUGGCACACAAAACACGUAGUUUGUCUAUCCGCUAGCUGAUGUCUUGUAAUCCGGUUUUGGCUUCUAGCUUAUGGGGAUGUCAAAGAUGAUUUACUUACUUUUCUCCUUCUAUACCUUUUUUUUUACUUUAGUCGUCUUCUUCCAGUUCCACACUUUUACUUAUGAUGCUUAUGCUACUCUUCUUGAUGUUUCUUUGUGUUCCCAUCUAGUUAGGUUGGUCUUUUUGACAAUGAUGCAAUCAUGUAGGGUUGCAGAGUGCUCUUAUCUAACGAACAUAUGGAUUAAGCUUAUCCGUACUAUAAUAAACUGGGUGG